GCAUUACACUUCCCACCACGACAAACAAAACUGAAGCGCUUUCUGCCUGUUCUCUGUGGGUCAAAAAAAUGGAUCAUCCACUCACGUCUCGCCGGCCCCGCAAAGCUCCGACAAAACCGGAUCUCUACUCCACCGUCGUAAUCCAUGACGACGAUGACGACGACGAAUACAACUCAACAAAUUUUCCUCAAAACGACGCGGCUAUGGAAGACGACGAAUCACUCCCUCCUCUUCUCAAACGCCUCCCUAAAGACUUCGGCGCCACUCCACUUGAUGACGAAGACGACGACGAAGGAGAUUUCGGUACAAUGAUCGUCAAGACCAAGACGAAAACCAAAACCAAAACCAGUCGCACCAUAGUAAAUAAACCGUUUCGGGAUUUCAAAAAACCGGAUGGCGACGAUGAGUACGGUACGUUUGUAGUUAGAUCGAGCGAUAAAAAUUCAUCGGAUACCGUGAGGAGGAGUGGAAGAUAUGAUGAUUCGACGAUGGGGAGAGCCGUUGCGAGUAUGCGAAGGUUUGGGAGUAGCUCUUCGUUGCACGGGGAAGAGGCCAGACAGCAGAGUAAGGUUUCGUCGAGUUCGAUUCCGGACAGUGUUACUAGAGAAGAUCCUUCCACUAAGUAUGAAUUGCUCAACGAGCUUGGGAAGGGGUCUUAUGGGGCUGUAUACAAGGCUAGAGAUAUCAAAACAUCAGAGCUUGUUGCCAUCAAAGUUAUAUCAUUAAGUGAAGGAGAGGAGGGUUACGAAGAAAUUCGUGGGGAAAUUGAGAUGUUACAGCAGUGUAGUCAUCCUAAUGUCGUGCGCUACCUUGGGAGUUACCAAGGCGAAGAGUAUCUUUGGAUAGUGAUGGAGUACUGUGGGGGUGGAAGUGUUGCUGACUUGAUGAAUGUUGCUGAGGAGCCGUUGGAGGAGUAUCAGAUAGCAUAUAUUUGUAGGGAAGCUUUAAAGGGCCUUGCUUAUCUGCACUCGAUUUUCAAAGUUCAUCGAGAUAUCAAGGGUGGCAAUAUCUUGUUAACUGAACAAGGAGAGGUCAAGUUGGGUGAUUUUGGGGUUGCAGCCCAGCUUACAAGGACCAUGUCAAAGCGCAACACGUUCAUUGGCACUCCACAUUGGAUGGCUCCAGAAGUUAUUCAAGAAAGUCGCUAUGAUGGGAAG